GUCCCGGGGGGGUCCCGGGGGGGUCCCGGCGCCCCCCGGCCCGGAGCCAUGGGCGAAUGGACCAUCCUGGAGCGGCUGCUGGAGGCGGCGGUGCAGCAGCACUCAACCAUGAUCGGCAGGAUCCUGCUGACGGUGGUGGUGAUUUUCCGCAUCCUGAUCGUGGCCAUCGUGGGCGAGACGGUGUACGAGGACGAGCAGACCAUGUUCAUGUGCAACACCCUCCAGCCCGGCUGUAACCAGGCCUGCUACGACCGCGCCUUCCCCAUCUCGCACAUCCGCUACUGGGUGUUCCAGAUCAUUCUGGUCUGCACCCCCAGCCUCUGCUUCAUCACCUACUCCGUGCAUCAGGCGGCCAAACAGCGCGAGCGACGCUGUUCCUUCCUGCAGCCGCUGCUGGACGCGCGCCGCGCCGGCGCCGCCGGAACCGCCGGCACAGCCGGAACCGCCGGCGGUACCGAGCCCGAGGCGACGGCGCGGCCGCCCCGCAGCGCCAAGGCCAAGAGGCAGGAGGGGAUCUCCAGGUUUUACGUGAUCCAGGUGGUGUUCCGGAACGCUCUGGAGAUCGGCUUCCUGGGCGGUCAGUACUUCCUGUACGGAUUCCGCGUGCCGGCCAUCUUCGAGUGCGACCGCUACCCGUGCGUCAAGGAGGUGGAGUGCUACGUGUCGCGGCCCACCGAGAAGAGCGUCUUCCUCGUCUUCAUGUUCGCCGUCUCCGGCGUCUGCGUCCUGCUCAACCUGGCCGAGCUCAACCACCUGGGCUGGCGCAAGGUGCGCGCCGCCGUGCGCGGGGCCCGGGCGCGCCGCAAAUCCCUGGGGGAGGCGCGCAGGAAGGAGCCGGCGGCGCCCGCGCCCGCCAUGGGCAGGACGCAGUCCAGCGAGUCGGCAUACGUGUGAAUUUAAUGGGAUUGGGAUAAAAUGGGAUUGGGAUUGGGGCAGGACGCAGUCCAGCGAGUCGGCCUACGUGUGAAUUUAAUGGGAUUGGGA